AUGGUGGACUCUGAACCUGUCAUCAUAAAUGAGUCUCUCAAGAAGAAGGUGUGGGUGAACUCCAUAAAGGAAGAGCUUGAGGCCAUUGAAAUAAACAAGACAUGUGAAUUGACGUUUCUAACUCAAAACAAGAAAGCCAUCAGUGUGAGAAAGGUUUUCAAGAUAAAGCCGAAGCCAGACAGUUCAAUUUCUAAGCAUAAAGCAAGGUUAAUAGCUAGAGGAUUCAUACAAAAGUAUGGUUUAUACUACUUUGAAAUGUUUGCACCUGUAGCUAGACAUGAAACCAUAAGGUUGGUUAUUGUUAUAGCUGCAAAUAGAAAUUGGCCUCUGAUACAUUUAGAUGUAAAGUCAUCUUUCCUAAAUGGGAGUUGUACUUCUAAGAUAAACAAGUUGACAAAGAGUUACACUUCUGAGAUAAACAAGUUCAAUAAGGUGUUAAUGAAUGCAUUUGAUAUCACUGACCUUGAAAAUAUGCUGAAGUGCGAACUUGAGCUACUGAAGAGAUUUGAGUUGAUGAAUUGUAAGCCGACAAUUACACAUGCUGAGGCAAAUCAUAAUCUGGAUUCUGAUGUUAAUGGUGAAGGUGUAGAUGCUAUAACCUUGAAGCAGUUGGUUGGCUGUCUGAGAUAUAUGUGUAACACCAUACCUAACAUAUGUUAUACAGUUGGAAUGGUUGUUUGGCUGAUUAAUUUGUUGCAUGAACGGAAGUUCAAGGUCAGCAAACCAGUCAGAUUGAUGAUUGACAACAAAUAUGCCAUAAGUGUUACUAAGAAUCUAGUGUUUCAUGGAAAAAAGAAAGCACAUUGA